AUGGCUUUGGUCGAUUCACACUCGCUGGGCAGGAGUCGGCAGACUCCGGCCGCGAGGAACCAUAUCGUCUACACUGACCAUAAGGGAAGAAAAAUACCAUACGCCGACAAGAUCACCCCCGAGCCAAUCCUGAACAACAAUGCGAGGGACACAAAGGCUGACUCGAUCAGGAACAGUUAUAAUAGCCAAUUCAAAGUUGGCAUCUACGGCUGGCGGAAAAAAUGUCUCUACAUUCUUGUGAUGGCGCUCAUGUUUAUGAUGAUCAUUAAUCUGGCACUGACGCUGUGGGUUCUGAAAGUCUUGGAUUUUAAUUCAGAGGGCAUGGGCCAGCUCCGCAUCGUGCCUGGUGGUCUGCAACUGCUUGGACAAGCUCUAGUACUGGACUCGCUGUUCACGUCAAGCAUCAAGUCUCGUCGGGGACAGCCCGUAGCAGUGGAGUCGUCCCGUAAUUUUACCAUUUCCACGAGGGAUGUCCAUGGAUUGCUGCAAAGUAGACUGUAUUUAGGGCACGAUCGCUUAGAAGUGAACGCAGGGAGACUCGAAGUCCGGGAUGCAAGAGGGGCCCUUAUUCUGGGCGCGGGUCAGGAUGCUGUAACGGUGGGUGCGGACACACUCACUGUCAUUAGUCCAGCGGGCGUCACGUUACACACGGCUGCGCAAACGCCGCUUGUUAAAGCGCCCCCAGCGAAACCAUUGGUCUUGGAGUCUCCAACCCGAUCGCUGGAGAUGCAUGCAGCUCAAAAUAUCGCGUUGGAGUCACGAGCCGGUGACAUCAGCGCAAGUUGCCUCACCACCUUCCGUCUGCGAUCCAUCGCCGGUUCGAUACGCUUGGAUGCCCCUAGCAUAUACAUGCCCAAGCUGAAAUCAGCAUUGCCUUUGCCUCCUUCAGCCCCCCAUUCGCAUGACCCGCACCAUCAAAAUAUCUACCAAUUGUGCGCGUGUGCAAAUGGCAAACUGUUUCUAGCGCCCCCACACGGUGCGUGCGCAGCGAGGGAAGAGAGUCUUAUCUGCCGAUGA